AUGCAUCGCACCAUUCUUCUCAAGCAGACGACACUGUAGCAGACGACAAUGCAAGUUAGAAUUUUCGUUUUAGUGUGUGCCACGUUGGUAUGUGUAGCAGAAGGCAGAUUGUUUGCUUUCCGGCAAAUGAAUACAGAACCGACUCCACCUUCGCCUGCAGAGCCAAGUACAGAAGAACAUGAAGGUCCCGAAAUGCAAGUUCCUACCAGUAUGACAUCCGGUCCAAGAUUCCCCUACAGUGACAGUGAACACUGGCCAUACGCUAUGAUGGAAUUUUCAAGCUUGGUGGGAAGGUGUAUGACUGCUAAAUUCAUGUGGAGGAUGAUGCGAAACAAACCUUCGGAAGGAAUUCUUGUAGAAGCCUGUCCUCGUGUUUUCGACAUAGCCAAGCUUUAUGCCGAGGCCGAUGAUGAAACCAAAGAAAAGGCAGAGGAAUAUACUAGAAAAGUGUAUCAUCUUUUGCAGUGUGUGAAUCUACAGGCCGAACGGGAAAACAUACAUGUAUUGACAAAUUUUCGCCGCCCUUACAAAUCACCGAGAAGCGGAAACAAGCCAGACAAUGUCUUCUUUGAAGAGGCCGACUAUCUGUUUGAGAUGUGUGAGCGGGUUUUUGAUGACGCCGAGAAAUAUCUGGAAGAUUGGGAAGCGAGAUUAGGCAAAGAAAUGGAAAACGACGAGGAUUCAAUAGAAAACGUUCUACGUAAAGUUUAUCCUAACCUUGUGAAAAGGCGUUGAUAAAGGAGAAAAGGAGCAACGAUGGAUGGAUUAAUAAUCUGAAAUGUUGUUAGUGCUAUUUGUUAGUCAAUCUAAUUUGUUUAUUACUUUGAAAUAGUUAUGUCUGUUAUAAAAUCUAAAUUAAAAAGUUAGAAGAUAA